AUGGAAAAGAGAGUAGAGUUAGGAAAGGAAAUCUGGAAAGGUAGAUCCUCCAGCAAUUAUUCUGGUAUCGCAAUCACUAUGCCAGAAGCUCCCAAAAGUGAGGAACCUCCUAUCCUGACUAGGGUCAGGGAGGUAAUCUCCAAGCUGAAGGGUUGGAAAGCAGUGGGCAUAUGUGGUAUGCUUGCUGAACUGCUAAAGGCUGGGGCUGAACCAAUGGCACGUGGCUUGCAUAAUGCCCUAGCUACCAUCUGGCAGUUCCAUUCUAGUCCCUCAGACCUGUUCAAGGGUAUGGUCAUCCAUCUCUGGAAGGGGAUCGAUCAGCAACCACCUACUAAGGCACCAAAGACCAGUGUAGUCUGGAUUCACUCCAAGCAAUUCCACAGUAGACCGUAUCCAAGUGCUUUGAGUCAUUUUUUGGAACAUCGAAAUGAGUUCGGCUGUGGGUUGUGUGCACCCUACAUCGACUCACUGCAUCACGGAUCGGUAUGGGAGCUCUUGAGACAUAGGGGAAUUCCAGCAUGGAUUAUUGGUUUAAUAGCAAGCUUAAAUAUUUUUACUAAAUGUGCCGUAAAGUGUGAUGGGGGCCUGUUAAACUUCUUCCCUGUUAACUCAGGAACUUUGACUGCCGACAUUGUUGCUAUAUUGUCUGAGGAACAUAAAAUUCACUGA